UGCGUCACGAAAGCCCAAGAAGAAACGAAACUAAAUGUCACACAGCCGGGCGGCCGGGCCCUGAAGCAUUUAGCCUGUCACAAUACUUAACGCCUAUUGGCUGCUAGCACACGAAGUAGGCGGCGAUUCUUCAGCUUCCCGUAGCAACUCGUGUCUCUGCGACUGUGGCCUGUGCCGGUGAGUGCGGCUGCGGGACACGCGGAGGAAGAAGCAGGCAAUAUCACAACUUUUUUCGAUAUCAGGUGGCAGCCCUGACACACUCAGCCCUGAAAAGCAUUUUACCUUGAGAGCAAAGAACAAAGAAGCAAAGAUGCCAGAAAGGUCCACACUUGCAGGCCUUAUGUAGAAAUGAUUAGAUCAUUUUAUCAGUGGAAACUGACAUUUUGGUAACAACAAAAGACUUUCUGAAAGUGAACAAACACACAAAAGUGUGUUUUGUGUGUAUAAAAGGAUUAUCAUUGAGUAAGAAGCCUUUCUGAUGGAUGAUCUGAAUGUCAAAGGCCAGCUCAUUUCCUUUUGCACAAAGAAUGGAUUGUCUUAUCAAUUUAAAAAAGUCGAGUCAACUGGACCGUCUCACGACCCAAGGUUUACCUUCCAAGUAUUUGUCAACGGAGAAAAACUUGGAGAAGGGCAAGACAAAAAGAAGAAAGGAGCUGAAUACAUGGCAGCCAAAAUGGCACUUUCAACUCUGAAAGAACGUGAGAAUUCUGCUGCAACAGUGAUACAAACAACCUCAGAGCAGGAUUCCUCAUCCAUUGUAUUCCUUGCAAGUAACACAGGAAGCCCAUCAGCAGUUUGUAUUGGAGAAACAGAAAAUGGGUGUGAUGAAAACUAUGUUGGAAUACUCCAUGAACUGUGUCAAAAACAUACACUGAUUGUCACGUUCUUGGAUGAACGCCAUGGACAACCUCAUAUUCCUGAGUUUUUCUGUAAAGCGGUGAUUGGUAAAGAAGAAUUUCCCAAAGCUAAAGGGAAAAAUAAAAAAGAAGCUAAGAGAAAAGCAGCUCAUUUGGCGCUAAUAUCCCUUAAAUCAAAAUAUCCAAAUGAUAUUCAGAUCUCAGAUGUCAGAGUUUGUGCAGAAGACGGCAACUCAGAAAAUUCUCCUGAAAGGUCUUCUGGAGCUGCAGCCAGUAGUUUAGAGAGCCAGAAACCAGAAAUUGAAACACUUCCUACUAAGGAAGAUGUUCCUACCCCAUUAAAUGCAACACCAAUUCUUCAGUUAAGGACCCCACGAAAAAUUGAAUUAGCUCCAAAGUUCCCAAACCAAGAAAAAGGAGUCCCUUGCUCUUUGAAUGAAAUAAAAAAUGAAUUAAUUGCAACAUUUCCAAACCAAGAAAAAGGAGUCCUGUGCACUUUGAAUGAAGCUUUUCGGCAGAAUUUUACUGAAAUAAGUCGUCUUGGGUCAGGUGGAUUUGGAACUGUUUUUAAAGCAAAGAGCAAACUGGCUAAUAAGUAUUAUGCCAUCAAGAGGGUGAAGCUACACAGCAAUAAAUGCAUAAAAGAGGUUGAAGCUUUGGCACAUCUAGAUCACCCAAACAUUGUAAGAUAUCAUCAUUCUUGGACAGGAGAAGACGGUUGUUCAGACAGCAGCUAUAGCAGCAGAGAUUACAGCUCACCGGCGGGAUUAAAAGAGGAGUAUCUCUUCAUAGGAAUGGAGUGGUGUGAAAAAGGAACUUUAGAAAGCUGGAUAGCACGCAUGAAUAAAGUUGAAAAAUUCAAAAGCCUGGUUAUAUUUCGGCAAGUCAUUGAAGGGGUGGUGUACAUUCAUUCAAAAGGCCUUAUUCACCGAGAUCUUAAACCUGCAAAUAUAUUUUUUGCAGAAGAUCUGAAAAUUAAAAUAGGAGAUUUUGGCCUGGUGACUCAGAUGACCGGAGAGGCAGACAGGCAAGCUCUGCAACGAACCAAAGGCAGAGGAACACGAUCCUACAUGGCUCCAGAACAGCAUGAAGAGACAUAUGAAAGUGAAGUGGACAUAUUCCCAUUAGGCUUAAUACUGGUUGAGCUCUUUUAUAUUUUUAAAGAUGUUAACGCGAAAAAAGAGGAAUGGGGCAAAUUACGGAAUGGGGAAUUGCCACCGGGCUUUGUAAAGCAAUAUCACAUUGAGGAAGCCAUAAUCAAGAAGAUGCUGUCACGUGAACCAAAGAGAAGACCAAAGGCCACUUACCUAAAAAAACAUUUUGAAGAAAAUUACAACUUGGACUCAAAAACUCAUUAAACUUUUAAAAUGAAA